AUGCAGGAAAAGAAGUUCAAGAAGGUGGAACACAAAAUAUCUGAAGAACUGAUGAAGAAAACGUCUCCUGGGGCAGGAAGUCCCUCCGUCAGCCCUAAGACCUCCAGGAGGAACCAGGAAGUCCCUCCCUCAGUACAAAGACCACCAGGAGGAACCAGGAAGUGCCUCCCUCAGUCCAAAGACCACCAGGAAGUCCCCCCCCUCAGUCCAAAGACCACCAGGCGGAAGCAGGAAGUCCCCCCCUCAGUCCAAAGACCACCAGGAGGAACCAGGAAGUCCCCCCCUCAGUCCAAAGACCUCCAGGAGGAACCAGGAAGUCCCCCCCUCAGUCCAAAGACAUCCAGGAGGAACCAGGAAGUCCCUCCGUCAGCCCUAAGACCUCCAGGAGGAACCAGGAAGUGCCUCCCUCAGUCCAAAGACCUCCAGGAGGAACCAGGAAGUCCCCCCCUCAGUACAAAUACCACCGGGAGGAACCAGGAAGUCCCUCCGUCAGCCCUAAGACCUCCAGGAGGAACCAGGAAGUCCCUCUCUCAGUACAAAGACCACCAGGAGGAACCAGGAAGUGCCUCCCUCAGUCCAAAGACCACCAGGAGGAACCAUGAAGUCCCUCCCUCAGAUCAAAGACCUCCAGGGGGAACCAGGAAGUCCCCCCCUCAGUCCAAAGACCACCAGGAGGAACCAGGAAGUACCUCCCUCAGAUCAAAGACCUCCAGGGGGAACCAGGAAGUCCCCCCCCCCUCAGUCCAAAGACCACCAGGAGGAACCAGGAAGUCCCCCCCUGAACCUCCAGGAGGAACCAGGAAGUCCCCCCCUGAGUCCAAAGACCACCAGGAGGAACCAGGAAGUCCCCCACUGAGUCCAAAGACCUCCAGGAGGAACCAUGAAGUCCCCCCCUCAGAACAAAGACCUCCAGGAGGAACCAUGAAGUCCCCCCCUCAGAACAAAGACCUCCAGAAGGAACCAGGAAGUGCCUCCCUCAGAUCAAAGACCUCCAGGGGAACCAGGAAGUCCCCCCCUCAGUCCAAAGACCACCAGGAGGAACCAGGAAGUACCUCCCUCAGUACAAAUACCACCAGGAGGAACCAUGAAGUCCCCCCCUCAGAACAAAGACCUCCAGAAGGAACCAGGAAGUGCCCCCCUCAGAUCAAAGACCUCCAGGGGGAACCAGGAAGUCCCCCCCCUCAGUCCAAAGACCACCAGUAG